CGAUGAGUCCUCGGGUCAGAAUCGCGGCGACGCGGUGGCUGCCAAGCAGCCAAGCCCACGGCAAGGCCAAGAGCCGGCGCCCGUCGUCGGCCGUGCGCCCGACGCUGCUGGUGAUCGCGGUGAGCGUGAUCGCCGUGCUGCUCGUGGCCGCCUUCUUCGGUGGCGCCCGGCCGUGGACGCUCUCCGGCGGCGGCGGCGACGCCAGCUGGGUCUCCGCCGGAGCCCGCGUCGUCAUCAACGCCGUGUCCGGUCGACGAGGCGCCGAUCACGUCGGGACGGCGGCGGAACCGACGAACCGGUUCCUGGGCGGCCUCCUCUCGCCGGACUUCGACGACAGCUCCUGCCUCAGCCGCUACCGCGCCGGGCUCUACCGCCGGCAGUCACCCCACGCCGUCUCGUCUCACCUCGUCACCUCCCUCCGCCGCUACGAGUCCAUCCACCGCCGCUGCGGCCCCGGCACCUCCGCCUACGAGCGCGCCGUGGCAAGCCUGCGCUCCCCGUCGAACACCUCCGCCGCCGCCGCCGCGCCCUCCGAGUGCAGGUACCUCGUGUGGACGCCGCUCGAGGGGCUCGGCAACCGCAUGCUCACGCUCACGUCCGCCUUCCUCUACGCGCUCCUCACCGACCGCGUCCUCCUCUUCCACCACCCCGGCGACGACCUCAAGGACCUCUUCUGCGAGCCGUUCCCGGGCUCCACGUGGACCCUCCCAGAGGGAGACUUCCCGUUCAGCGGCAUGCAGGGCUUCAACGCGCGCACCCGCGAGAGCCUCGGCAACGCGCUGCGCCGCGGCGAGGGCGCCCGGGGCCCGCCGCCGCCGUGGAUGUACGUGCACCUGCGCCACGACUACUCGCGCAACGCCAACGACCCGCGCUUCUUCUGCGACGACGGGCAGGACGCGCUGCGGCGGGUCGGCUGGGUGGUGCUCCUCUCCGACAACUACUUCCUGCCAGGCCUGUUCAUGAUCCCGCGGUUCGAGCGCGAGCUGUCGCGGAUGUUCCCGCGCCGCGACGCCGCGUUCCACCACGUCGGCCGGUACCUGCUGCACCCGAGCAACACGGUGUGGGGCAUGGUGACGCGGUACCACACCUCGUACCUGUCCUGCGCCGAGGAGCGCGUCGGCAUCCAGGUGCGCUCCUUCUACUGGGCGCGCAUCUCCACCGACGAGCUCUACGGCCAGAUCAUGUCGUGCGCGCACGGCGAGAGCAUCCUGCCCCGCGUGCAGGAGGAGGACCCCAGCAACGCCACCGCCGGGGAGCUGCCGGCGGCCGCCGCGAGGCGCAAGGCGGUGCUCGUCGUGUCCCUCCACGGCGCCUACUCCGAGAGGAUCAGGGACCUCUACUACGAGCACGGCGCGGCGGGCGGGGACUCGGUGAGCGUGUUCCAGCCGACGCACCUGGACCGGCAGCGGUCCGGGGAGCAGCUGCACAACCAGAAGGCGCUCGCCGAGAUGAUGCUGCUCAGCUUCUCCGACGUGGUGAUCACGUCCGCCGCCUCGACGUUCGGGUACGUCGGCCACGGGCUGGCCGGGCUGAGGCCAUGGGUGCUCAUGAGCCCCCUUGACAAGAAGGUGCCCGACCCGCCGUGCCGGCUAGCCCCCACCAUCGAGCCGUGCUUCCAUAACCCGCCGCACUACGACUGCCGGACCAGGGCCAAAGGCGACACCGGCAAGAUGGUCCGGCAUGUCCGGCACUGCGUCGACUUCGAGAAUGGCGUUCAGUUGGUGGAGUGAGCUCUAGCUAACCCAUGCGGCCAUGCAUUCCAUUUUCUUUGUCUGAAUGUUCAUUUCUUUCGGUGUUACUUGUUCUUACUGUUACGGAGUAAGAAACCUGAAACUUACAUGUACGUUAUACGGUAUAGAGGUAAAUAAUAUUUACUGAAUUGUAAU